AUGGGAAUCUCAAUCAUUCUAGGAUCGCAAUGGGGAGACGAGGGCAAGGGAAAGCUCACCGACAUCCUUGCCCCCGAGGCACAGCUCUGCGCCCGAGCCGCUGGUGGCCAUAAUGCCGGACUAUAUUGUGAGUCGAUACUCAUCGCUUUCCAGGAAGUGACCUAA